AUGACACCGAAUUGCAUUGAUAUUCAUGAUCACAAUAUGUGGAACCCAAUAACUCUAUUUAGCCAUGGUAAAAAUUCGACAUGUUAUCCGAUUGACCAUCAUUCAGAAAUUAUUUGGCCAAAUAUGUCGAAUACGUAUUUACCGAUUGACGGUCGAAUGUUUGUUAAUCGUGGAAUGUCAAAUGAUAGCCUAAUGGCGCCAUCGACAGAUCGAUUUUUAUUUUAUUUUUGA